CAAAACGCCUUCUAAGGAAGCCAAUAUUAUGUUACAGUACAUCUGUCAGCCCGAUUUUAUGCGACAGCCCGAGAGCUUCUGAACUGGUAACGUUUAGUGAUACUGAACGUACAGCAAAGCUUUUUAUUUCGUUAUUCAAGAUGUUGGGUUUUGUUGCCGUUUUGCUUCUAACAUGUCUUGCCAGAGGAUGGUGUGAGAAAUGUAAUGACCUGGAUGGCUUUUGGUACAACCAGAUUGGUUCCGAAAUCUUUCUCAGACAUUCAAGCGAUGGAAAAUUGAUCGGUGAAUAUCGAAGUGCCGUGGAACGUUUUGAACAUCCUGAUGGAAAAAAACACUCGACAAUUUCAGGUGCCGCUCCAUAUAACUCUCCAGGGGCCACUUUCUCAUUUGCUGUCGUUCAGUCCAGUGGAUCAUCCACACAAGUAUGGACCGGUCAAUGUCUUGUAUGUGAAGAUGGAAAAGAAAAGCUGCUAACUUCCUGGUUAAAACUGCCAGAGGUAAAGGCUCGUGAUGAUACAUCACAAACGACAUUGAUUGGCCAAGAUUCAUUUACACGAUCAGAACAAAGAUCAGAGUCUACUGCGAUGGAUAACAAAAUUCCUUAUAUACCAAGUUUUAAUAGUUUAAACUUAGGCUUCCUUCACACAAACAUCACAUCAGGUAAGCCAUGUGACAUAACCGGAACUUGGUAUAACGAGCUAGGUUCUGAAGUGAUACUAAACCAAUAUGCUAAUGGCGUCAUUGUUGGAGAGUAUCGUACUGCUGUGGAACGCAAAAAAGGCUCAGCAGGAGAAAGCCAUUCUAAAGUGUAUGGCAUAAGUACACCCGGCAAUCCCAACAGCACGUUCGCCAUUAUGGUAGUGUGGCGUGGUGGAGCAUCUGUUACCGGUUGGGUUGGGCAAUGCCAUAUUUGUGGGGAGAACAAAACUGAAAUAAUCGAGACCACCUGGUUGUUAAGAAGUAAGCUCGAGAAAUGUGGUGACAACUGGAAAUCGACCAUGUAUGGCGAAAACAGCUUUACACGCGAAGAACAGAAAGAGGGGCCAAGGAAACAUCUGGGAACCCAUACACCGGAUCGAGAUGGAGAGGACGCUGACCAUUCUGGCGAAACCAACUCGAUUAAUGAAUAGUAAUUUGGUAGAUUGUAACUUUGAUUUUCAUCCUUAUAGCCGGAAAGCUAAAGGCAAUUAUAAAAUUCCUUUAACAUGUCAUGUCUUAAACUUCUUUACUAGAUUAAUCCAGUUUUAUUUUCAAAGUUUCUUAUCUAACUGUAAUGUCUAAGCAUUUCUAUUCGCUCUGGUAUUAGAUGAGCCAGUUUUUAAUAAGUUGGGUUUUCAAGUGUUUUUUUAUCAAAUUUUUUAUUGUCAAAUUCUUUCAGCUUGUAGUGAUAGUCAAGUAUUUUCAAUUUCCAAACAGUUUCAGCGCUCAGAAUAGGCGGUUAAGCAGGGCAAGCAGUGUGACAAAUUUUCUUUCUUCGAUUUUUCUUAAUUGUAAAGUGCCAAUACGAUCAAAUUUCUGACUUGCUGUUAUUUGACUGGAUUGAACAACCUUUGAUAGUGAAAUGAAAUUCCGCUUUCCUUUUUCAAAUAUCUUUUUUUUCUUUUAAAGGUAUUGGAGUUUAAAAAUGGCGGUCAUUUUUCCUGAUGAAGUCAUAUUCUCAAUAUUUAAGCAGAGUAAAAUUAUGAUAAGUUAUAUCUCAUCCCAAUUUCGAUCAAAAUCAUCCAAAUUUAGUAGUAUUAUGCUGCCCUAACUGUUCUUCAAAAUUAACUCCAUAGAUACGUUGUCAUAGCAGUAGUCUCGGUUUCAGGCUACCCGAACUUAAAAUUCAAGAUUUUUAAAAUUUCUACCUUUAAGAGAGAUCGUAUCGAAUGAGCCUAGGUAUAAAAUAUAUAAUAUGAUCAUAGACAGAAAUUUAGUUUAAUAAUUUUCUUUUCAAGUUAAAAAAAUAACAAAGCAAUCGCUUAAAGGCUAAAGUCGUUGAUAGGGGACUGGACACCAGUGAGUUGCUAUAGCAAACCAAAGUUUGGGCAUACUGCAAAGUUUGAAUGACAUUCAUCAAAAAAUCUCAGAGAUAUAAUGAAGUUUAUGCCGAAGGAAACUGUGAGUUGAGAGUAUGACAUCAUCAACAUCCUAAUUAAGACAAACUUAAAACUUGAAUAUCUCUCGAUCCAAAAAAAGCUAACAAGAAAUGAAGAAAUGGUUAUCCAUAAUUGCUAAAUUGGUUACUGACGCAGGACCCUCGAAGUAUGAUGCCAAUUUAGCAAAUUCCCGCUUGUAGGAGCCAUUACUUAAAAUGAAAAAGGCAAGAGUGGGGGAAUAUUUUAAUUUGGCCCUUCCCACACAUUUGUUCCCACACAAAUAAAUUAAAGUGACUAUAUAUUUCCGAGAACCGAAUAACUUAAUUAAUGUAGUCUAGUUAAUUCUAAAAGUUUAUAUUUUUUAAUUGUUCAUUUGUUUUUUAAAUAAAAAAUGCUCUGACUAGGUGAUUG